CGUGAUUGCUUUUGUUCUAAUUUUUCUUUUCUUCGGUCUGUUUCUCAUCCUGUACAUUUUCUGCAAAAAGAUGUUUUGGAAUAAGGUAAUAGUGCAAGUCAAGAAAUUGUAAUAAGAAAAUCAGAGUGAAGCAAGGGUUGGAAGUUGGAAUGUAUUGAGCAAAAGCUUUUAGAAAAGUAUGGGGUGGUUCGUGUUUGUUGUUCUGAGUUUGUUGGUUUCUGAUUUUCCUUCAUGCACGUCUUCAUUGGUGCCAUUAUGCAACCAUGAUGAAGCCUCUGCCUUGCUUGGCUUCAAGACCUCCUUCAACAGCUGGUGUGGAGAUGAUGGCUCUUAUCCAAAGACAGAAUCUUGGAAAAAUGGUUCUCAUUGCUGUUUGUGGGAUGGAGUGAGUUGUGAAACUAACUCAGGGCACGUCAUUGGCUUAGACCUCAGCAGCAGUUGCCUUCAAGGUCCAUUUCAUCCCAACAACACUCUCUUCAAACUCUCUCACCUUCAAAAACUCAACCUUGCUCUCAAUAACUUUUCCUCUUCUCCAAUGCCUUCUGGGUUUGGUCAUCUUCUAGCUCUUACUCAUCUCAACCUAUCUAACGUUGCAUUUAGUGGUGUCAUUCCUUCCAAAAUAUCUCAUCUCUCAAAAUUAGUUUCACUUGACCUCUCACUGUCCCAAGGUUGGAUGAGGAUUCAACCAGCAUCUCUGGAAAAAUUAAUUGUAAAUGCAACUCAUUUAAGGGAGCUCACUCUUGAUGGCCUAGAUAUGUCUUUGAUUAAACCCCGUUCUCUGUCUUUGUUGCUCAAUUUUUCAUCCUCCUUGGUCUCUCUUGGACUUUCAAAUACCAUCUUGCAAGGGAAGUUACCAAAUAACAUAUUCUAUUUACCCAAUCUUCAACAACUUAGUUUGUCUUGGAAUUUGAAUCUGGAAGGUGAGCUUUCCCAGCUGAAUCCGAGAAGUCCUCUUAGACUCUUGGAUCUCGGUGGUAAUGCUUUUUCAGGACAUAUUCAGUUUUUAUCUAAUCUCACGCAACUAAAACACUUGGACCUUCGUCAAAACAAAUUCAGUGGACCCAUUCCUCAAUGCAUGGACAGCAUCUCACAAUUAAACUAUCUGUACCUUCGUACGAAUAACUUCAGUGGUGAGAUUCCAUCAUCUCUUUUCGACCUUCAGCAUCUUAUUUACUUAGAUCUUUCAUAUAAUAAUUUUGAUGGUGAGAUCCCCAAUUUGUUUAGCAAGCUAAGCAAAUUAGAAGGUUUAGAUGUUACUCGAAACAACCUAGUGGGCCGAUUGCCAUCAUCGUUGUUUGAGCUCACUCAGCUUAGUGGUUUAUGUCUUUCGAAGAAUAAACUGGUUGGAGAAAUACCUGAUAAAACCAGUGGACUUUCUAAUUUAGAACUUAUGGAUUUGUCUGAUAAUUCGUUGAACGGAACAAUUCCGCAUUGGUGUUUUUCUUUGUCAUCGUUACUUAACUUACGCCUUUGUGGGAACCAGCUUACUGGCCCAAUUGGCGAAUUCUCUGCCUUUUCAUUGUAUGAUUGUGACCUUUCUUAUAACAAGCUACAAGGUGAUAUCCCUGAGUCAAUAUUUCUUCACCAAAAUCUCUCUUACUUGAUACUAUCAUCAAAUAACCUGAGUGGCGUCCUAGAUUUUCAUAAGUUUUCAAAUCUUCAAAGGCUAAAGGCUCUUGAUCUUUCUGACAACAAUUUUCAGUCUCUUGGUUUUACUGGUGGCAAUGUUAAAAGUUUUCCAAUAUCCCUUGACCCAUUCAAUCUUGUUGAAUUAGAUCUUUCUAUGAACCAAAUUCAUGGAAGGAUUCCAGAAGGAUUUAAUCAUUUGGCAGAUACUUUGGGUUAUUUGGAUCUUUCUCAUAACUUUCUAACAUCGGUUGGGAACCUCUCAAUCUCGUGGAAGAAUAUUGGUUACAUUGACCUACGCUUCAAUAUGUUGGAAGGAGAUAUUCCUGUUCCUCCAUCUACCGCUAAAUUCUUUUCUAUCUCACACAAUAAAGUGACCGGAGACAUCUCUUCAUCUCUUUGCAACGCAAGCUCCCUUAUGAUACUCGACUUGUCUCACAACAACUUGACAGGCAAAAUCCCACAAUGCGUUGGAAACUUGAGUAAACUUUUAGUUUUGGAUCUGCAAAAGAACAACCUUCGAGGGAUCAUACCCAAGAGCUAUCUUGAGAUAGAAACAUUGGAAACUAUGAAUUUUAAUGGCAAUCACUUGGAGGGACCAUUACCUCGGCCUGUGAUAAAAUGCAAACGACUAAGAGUUCUGAACCUUGGAGAGAAUGACAUACAAGAUACAUUUCCAAGUUGGUUAGACUCACUUCAAGAGCUGCGAAUCCUUGUUUUACGUGCUAAUAGGUUCAAUGGUACCGUCAAUUGUUUCCAAUCCAAGAACGAUACAUUUUCCAAGCUGACGGUUUUUGACAUCUCCAACAAUAAUUUUCGUGGCAACUUGCCAAUAGCUUUCAUAAAAAAUUUCAAGGGAAUGAUGAUCAAUGUCCAUAGUGUUUUGCAGUAUAUACGUCCUACUGAGUCUACAUACAAUGAUUCAAUUGAAGUCACAAUGAAAGGCAACAACUUUGAGCUAGAGAGGAUCUUAACUACUUUCACAGUUGUUGAUUUAGCGAAUAACAAUUUUGAGGGAGAGAUUCCAACAAUCAUUGGAGAUUUGAAGUCAUUAAUAGGCCUUAACCUUUCUAAUAACAGACUCAGUGGUUUAAUUCCACAAAGCCUCAACGGUUUGGAAAAUUUAGAAUGGUUAGACCUCUCCUCAAACAUGCUGACGGGUGAGAUUCGAACUGCAUUGGCCAAUCUUCCCUUCCUCUCUUUCUUAAACCUUUCACAAAACCAGCUGGAAGGAAAGAUUCCAACAGGUAAACAAUUCAACACAUUCCAAAGUGAUUCCUAUCAGGGGAAUUCAGGGCUAUGUGGGUUACCAUUGUCAAAACCAUGCUAUUGGAUAGAUUUAGCAACCUCUCAAUCUCAGCAAGAAGAACAAUUUGGGUUUGGUUGGAAACCCGUAGCUAUUGGAUAUGGUUGUGGAGGGGUAUUUGGAAUGGUAUUGGGAUAUCUCACAUUCUUCAUUCGAAAACCAGAAUGGUCAAUCCAUUUGAUUCAAGGCAUUCUCAAUCAAAGAGUGAGAAAGAAGAGCUACAACUCCAAUUCAAACAGAAGACCACACAAUAAGGGUCGUUAAAGAAUCUGAACUUGGUCCACCUCUUCUAUUGCAGAGUAAGCGAAAUUUUACAUUAUAUAAAAUUUCUAUUAAUCCUAUCCCAAUUAUAAUAUUACAGAGUAUAUUUCCAGUUUGUGCUUUGAAGAUUAUUCUUGCUAUAAAAACGUCCUUACGUAUAUCAUUUUGUAUUUCACAAACAUAAUGAGUGUCGCACUUGUUAUCUCCUGCGCAGUUUCAGUUUGUUUAGGAAUCAGAGUGUUCUUCAAUUAAUGUAUAAACAUAAUCUUCUGCU